AUGACAACGUUGAAAACGUGCAAGCGACAACUUGAAGAAUUGAAAUGUAGCGAACAUUUUUGUGGAACCCGCGAUAAAUCACACGGAAACCUAUCCGGAUACAUUAUUAAAGGAACAAACGUUCUUCAAGAAACUCAGUGGCCCUGGUCUGCCAGCAUUUUGACCAACAAAGAUGGUCGACCUUACCGGUGUGGGGGGAGCAUUCUGUCAUCCAGGUUCAUCCUGACGGCAGCCCACUGCGUCACAACCUUCCUCAACACAACCACCGGACCAAACGGAAAGGACUACGUUGAAGUUGAUAUCGAAAAUAUUGACGUCACAUUCGGUCAAAAAAGCAGUCAAAUAAAUAAAUUGCAUAUCCAUGAAAACUACUCAGACGAAAUAAAAUACGAUAUUGCCGUUAUAGAACUAAACAGCGCCAUUCCAUUCAGUCCUGCAGUAAAACCGAUAUGCCUGCCCCCUGUCGACAUGCCCCUCAAUUUGUACCGACUCUGUGUAGCGAUCGGACACGGCUUGACGAGUGGGGGCUUUCCAUCUCGGAGGUUGCAGCAGGUCAGACUCAUGCCUUACGCUGCUUCCCUUUGUUCAUUUAAAUUAGGAAACGUUUUCGAUCCGAGCCACAUGCUGUGUGCUGGAACGUAUGGAGGUGUUGAGAACAUUUGCUUGGGUGACAGCGGUGGGCCACUCAUGUGCAAGCACUACGAAAAGGACGUCUGGUUCGUUGAAGGAGUGAGCGGGUUCACCACGGGGUCUCAAAGUUUUGUCGAAUUUGGGGUGUACACUAGGGUGGCUGUAUUUAAGUCUUGGAUCGAUUCUGUUAUUGGAGGUGGAGAGUGA